AUGAGCGGGGCUUACACGCUACGAAGGGUCCUGGGGAGGCUUCAUCCUGUUUUCCUCCUUCAGGAGAGCAGAGGACAGCUUGUCGAUGCCUUCUGGGGGAGCCAGGACCUGGGAGAGCCCAACAUCGACCCGUUCACAGGACGUCCUUACGAAAGUCAUCCCACGACAGGCCAACCAUUCGACCCUGACGUCCACAAGAGGCAUCCUUGGGACAUCUACUGCAGGCCAGAGGAGGAGCGAUAUCUGGGAGGAAACUACACCUGGUUCAAGGAGCUGGCUGGCUAUGAGAGCGUGGAGGAGAAGAAGCUCAAAGUUGAACCGGAGCGCUCCGCGCAUGGCCAGCAAGCCUACGAACACUUCACCAAGGCGCUAGCGAGCAUCAAUCAGCUGGAGGAGGGAACUGUAUUCCCCAUUCGUGUGAAGUACCAGAAGGAUAACAGGCAGCUUCAGUUCGAGCCCCUCGAGAGUUUGGAGGAAGGAAACGCCAAGACGGACAAAGGGUUUGCCCGGUACCUGCUACAUCGGUACCGAGGGACCGUGAGUGAGAAGGGGGCGACCCCGUCGGAUUCGACCUACAGCAACCACGAGGGCUUGAAGCAUUCAUACAGGACUAUCAGAGCCGGAACCCUCAACCUCCUCAGCAGGAAGAUCCCUCCAUGGCGGAGCGAGAGCGAAUAUUUCAACAACAGCGUCUCGAUUAUCUUCCUCCUGUACACUCUCUUCUUCCAAGUCCGGGGAUGCUUCCUGAUCCUCCGAAGUCGAGCCGACUGGUGGCAGUUUACAUCUCCCCCCAUACCAGGCAUCAGUGACGACGAAGCGCAGACGGCCUCGCUAAGGAUCUGCGCCAUUCUCCUAGUGAAGGAGUUCUACCCGUUGACCUAUUAUGCCUUCUGGCUGCUAGCUUUCCUCGUCUUGAUUGCGCUCAGCCUGGUUCUUGUGGUCCUCUCCUUCCUCCUCGUCUGGCCGCUCUGCUGGAUCUUCGAGCACUACCUCGGCGGAGACUCACAGAGGCGAGCCCACAACCUUGUGGUGCUCAAAGCACUGGGGCGGCAGCUGCAGCGAGAUCCGCUCAAAGUUUUUCUCCACCGAUCUUUCGCGCAGCAGAUUCAGAUUUUCUCACUCAUGGCUCUCAACUUGUCUUCCCUGUACAGAAUCAAAGAGUUGGUAAUCUCGAACAAUUUCCGGAGGCAGAUCAAACCGUCGAUCCGAGAUUCGGACAACAAGCUCACGACAGUAUCCAACAUACUCUUCAACAUGAUACUACUGAGCAUCGGCCCUGAGAAUUCGCGCAAUCUCUUGAUCUCGGCUAUCACGUCUCUUGCGAUCCUUUUCUACCAGAUGGUCUGCGAGAAGCAGAGGAAUAGCGAUCUCUCCGAGUCCCUCCGAGACGUGAAUGAGAAUCGGCUGAGCAAGUUCGAGCUGGCUCUGCUCAUUUGCAAGAUGAUAGAUGACGUCACUCUGGAGGAGGUCCAGUUCAACUUCCUGGAGCAUUUCUACUCCAACCCAGCGGACAACCCGAGGUACCGUCUCGAUUACGUUCCUUGCGAGGAUGAAGGCGGAGAGGAUGAAGGGACCAUGCAAGACAUUCUACAGUCGGAGUUUGUAACCAAGGAAUUCGACGAGGCCGAGCUAGUCCAUUGA